CAAGCAAGUGAAAGGAACACUUAAACGGAAAACCAAACAAACUGAUCAAGUGAACAGGUUCAGAGCGGCCAGAACCGAUCCGAUUUGUCAUCGGUAAUUGUUUACAGUUCUUGUCUUGGCUUGAAUUUUUCUUAGAAUAUUGUGAAACUAGGAGGCUGUGCCAGUAUGCGGAGUCAUCUGCAAGUAAGGGCCAAGCUGAAGCAUUCUGAAGCGCAAUGAAGAUCACUAGCACCAGGAUGGAGGAAGUCGUUGACGCCUCUGUGAUGGUGCCGAUCUCUCCGCUGAGUAUAGUGCUAACUGGAGUCUCCGUCGUCUUGCGCUUCAUUUCCAUCAUCAUCAACUGGAGUCUGGCCUAUGAUUAUUGGCUGGAGGGAUCCUACAGCUACACAGCCUGGACAAUUGGAUCGAUUCUGUUGCCCAUGGUGAUCGCAUCGGCCAUAUACACAAAUGUUUUGUCUGCCAGCAACUCAGACCAGAGGGGCAUGUACUCCACUGUUGUGCUGUCAUAUCUCUUUCGGGACGGAUAUGCCCUACAUUAUGCCCUGGAGUACAGCAAAGCACAAACACAAGGCCACAAAGAGUUAGAAAUAAGAUACUAUCAGCAAAUGCUGAGGGAAGAGUGCGAUGUGGGUUUUAUCCGGCUCUUUGAUUCGUUUCUGGAAUCUGCGCCCCAAAAAAUACUUCAGCUUGUGAUACUGAUGCGAUCUUCAAAGAAAUUGACAUAUUAUCGCCUGUUGGCUUUCUUGAUAUAUUUUGUUAGCAUUGCCUGGUGCAUACAGGCCUAUAAUCGCUCUAAUCGCCUGGUGCAGCUAGACAAAUAUGAUAUAGCGGCCAAGGGGCGUUUUGUGCAAUUCCUUUUUCUCCUAUGUCUCACGGUUUCACGCACUUUAGGCAUUGCGUAUAUGGCCAGUCUGUUCCCCCUGGAAACACUGGGGGUGUGCAUCCUUCAUGUAUGUUUUUGUGGCACUGUCGUCUUUGUGUUGGACUCGCCAGCGAUUGCCAAAUCUAGAAUGUUAAACUAUAUCUAUUGCCUGACCUUCGGCGUGGUGUAUAUAUUUAUUUUCACCCCUGUAAAAGAUGGACCAACAAAGUAUAAGUACACCUCGUACCUGACAUUUUGCCUUUUGCAAAACAUUAUCGUCUGUGUUCUAUAUAUCGCCCUGUACUUUUCUAUUGCCAUUAUUGCCUUAUAUGUUUGUGGUAUCAUACUCACGAUCUAUUACUAUCUUUACUGCCACCCAAGUAUUUUAUGUCCAUAGAUAUCCACUGAGAUUUUUGUAAAUUUGGUCGGGAAAAUAAACGUGUUCCCUACA